CGCAGAAGCCUCCCCUGCGACGGCGGCGGCGGCGGCGGCGGCGGCGGCGUCUCCAGAGCCGGAAGGUACGGCCUGAGCGGCCGGCUGCCUGACGCCUCCUGGGUCAUGUCGGCCCAGGGGGACUGCGAGUUCCUGGUGCAGCGAGCCCGGGAACUGGUGCAGCAGGACCUGUGGGCAGCCAAGGCUUGGCUGAUCACAGCCCGCAGCCUCUACCCCGCCGACUUUAACAUCCAGUAUGAGAUGUACACCAUCGAGCGGAAUGCGGAGAGGACUGCCACCGCCGGGAGACUGCUGUACGACAUGUUUGUGAAUUUCCCAGAUCAGCCGGUGGUGUGGAGAGAAAUCAGCAUUAUUACAUCAGCAUUAAGGAAUGAUUCACAGGAUAAACAAACCCAAUUUUUAAGAAGUUUGUUUGAAACUCUCCCUGGUCGAGUCCAGUGCGAAAUGUUACUAAAGGUAACGGAACAAUGCUUCAACACAUUGGAACGAUCAGAAAUGUUGCUUCUGCUUUUGAGACGCUUCCCUGAAACAGUGGUACAGCAUGGGGUUGGCCUUGGGGAAGCACUAUUAGAGGCUGAAACUAUUGAAGAACAAGAAUCUCCUGUUAACUGCUUUAGAAAAUUAUUUGUUUGUGAUGUUCUUCCACUAAUAAUUAACAACCAUGAUGUUCGAUUGCCUGCCAAUUUAUUAUAUAAGUACUUGAACAAAGCAGCUGAAUUUUAUAUCAAUUACGUCACUAGGUCUACUCAGGUAGAGAGUCAGCACCAAGGUGCCCAAGAAUCAUCUGAUUUAAUGUCACCUAGCAAACGGAGCUCUCAGAAGUACAUAAUAGAAGGGCUGACUGAAAAAUCAUCCCAGAUUGUGGACCCUUGGGAGAGGUUGUUUAAGAUUUUAAAUGUUGUUGGAAUGAGAUGUGAAUGGCAGAUGGAUAAAGGAAGACGAAGCUAUGGUGAUAUUUUGCAUAGAAUGAAGGAUCUCUGCAGAUACAUGACCAACUUUGAUAAUGAAGCUCAUGCAAAAUAUAAAAACCAAGUGGUUUAUUCCACUAUGUUGGUCUUCUUUAAGAAUGCAUUCCAGUAUGUCAACAGCAUACAACCAUCUCUGUUCCAAGGUCCUAAUGCCCCAAGCCAAGUUCCACUGGUUCUUCUUGAGGAUGUAUCAAAUGUGUAUGGUGAUGUAGAAAUUGAUCGUAACAAACAUAUACAUAAAAAGAGGAAACUAGCUGAGGGAAGAGAAAAAACCAUGAGUUCGGAUGAUGAAGACUGUUCGGCAAAAGGAAGGAAUCGUCACAUUGUAGUCAAUAAAGCAGAGCUUGCUAACUCCAUUGAAGUUCUAGAAAGCUUUAAGCUGGCCAGGGAGAGCUGGGAGUUGCUCUACUCCCUAGAAUUCCUUGACAAGGAAUUUACAAGAAUUUGUUUGGCAUGGAAGACAGAUACUUGGCUUUGGUUAAGAAUCUUCCUCACUGAUAUGAUCAUCUAUCAGGGUCAAUAUAAAAAAGCAAUAGCCAGCCUGCAUCAUUUAGCAGCUCUCCAGGGAUCACUUCCGCAGCCACAGAUCACGGGACAGGGGACCCUGGAGCAUCAGCGAGCACUCAUCCAGCUAGCGACUUGCCACUUCGCUCUAGGAGAGUACAGAAUGACAUGUGAAAAAGUCCUUGAUUUGAUGUGCUACAUGGUACUCCCCAUUCAAGAUGGAGGCAAAUCACAGGAAGAACCCUCAAAAAUAAAGCCCAAAUUUAGAAAAGGUUCAGACCUGAAGCUUCUGCCUUGUACCAGUAAGGCCAUCAUGCCGUACUGCCUGCAUUUAAUGUUAGCUUGUUUUAAGCUGCGAGCUUUCACAGACAGCAGGGACGACAUGGCACUGGGGCAUGUGAUCGUCUUGCUUCAGCAAGAGUGGCCACGGGGAGAGAAUCUCUUCUUGAAAGCUGUCAAUAAGAUUUGCCAACAAGGAAAUUUCCAAUAUGAGAAUUUUUUCAAUUAUGUUACAAAUAUCGAUAUGCUGGAGGAAUUCGCCUACUUAAGAACUCAAGAAGGUGGGAAAAUCCAUCUGGAAUUACUACCCAAUCAAGGAAUGCUGAUCAAGCCUUCUAGCCCUCCCAUGGGGUUACUGCAGCAGGAAUUCUUACCUGUGCUUCAGCCCAGCAUACAGACUGCUGACAGGCACCACACGGUCACUCGGGGCAUCACCAAGGGCGUGAAGGAGGACUUCCGCCUGGCCAUGGAGCGUCAGGUGUCCCGCUGUGGCGAGAACUUGAUGGUGGUGCUACACAGGUUCUGCAUCAACGAGAAGAUCUUGCUCCUUCAGACUCUGGCCUGACCAGAGCCCUUUCCACCAGAGGAAGGCAGCUCAGAGCCGUGUGAUUUUUUUGUGAAGCGAUAAAGCAUUCAUAAAUGUUGCUGUUACAACUCUUAGAAAGAAGAAAACCAUCUGAGUUCUGACUCCUUGUUGCUUAAAAGUAGUUCCCAAGAGCCUGAGAAGCUAUUUCUAUUUUUAAGUCAUUUUUGUAAGUUUUGUAAAACAAAAGAACCUGUUUUGUAAAUAAAAGUCAUUCUAAA